ACCUGAAGCAACUACACUGAGGAUUUACAGCAGAAGAAGUGUCAUAAACAGAUCUCAUCAUCAUGAGGAAGAUCACCGGCAAGCACUUGUUGUGCCUCUUUCUGCUCGCAUUUCCUCUAUCCUGGGCAGAGGACACAAAGGAAGAUGUGAAGACGAGGGAGAAUGAUACAGUUUGGAGCCAAGCAAAGACCAGACGACUGUUUGCAAGGCAAAAGACUUCUCCGACACAGGGAGGACGCAUUUCUAAACAAAAGUCAGACCUUAUGACACCUGCACGUCGCUGUGGGCGCUUGAUGGAGAACUGCUCAUCUCAUGUGCAGUGCUGCGACCCCUGCGCCUCCUGCCGCUGUCGACUCUUCAACACCAUUUGCCACUGUUGGAGGAUGAACCCGCUGUGCUUAAAGAGGACAUAAAUAAAUGGGGCACACACGCACUCACAGACACACACAUGCUCAAACACUCCCCGGGGACAUAUACAAUGCUAAGUAUAUCUACACAUGGGAAUUCACUUACACUGCCCUCUGGCCUGAGUAAUACUUACCACAGUUCAGAGUAAAGUAGAAACAUUUGGAAAAUCAUGAAACAGUCUGAGGUUUAAAGUGAAAGUUCUCUGCAUUGUUGAUGACUUCCACACUUCUGUGAAGGAGAAGUGUUUCAGUUUUCUGAGGCAUUAACAUGAAAAAAACAAAACAGAAAUGUUUACAGAAUAUCCAGAUACCCUACAUACAGUAUGUAGAUGUAACAACGGAGAAGUGAUAUGUUUUUUCAUGUAUGUAUACAGUCACAUUAAGUAUGUGUUGUUCUUGUGCAGUGGGGUAUUUCCCACACUACUGCUGCUUUUUAAUAUCUUGCUCUCCCGCCAUGUUAAACUUGUCUGGACGCCAAUAACUGGAUUUACUUUGGAACAUACAUUUCUUUUUUUAAACUCACUGCCCUACAGACUAAAUAU